AUGUCCUUGUCAGACGCGUCGAAUGAAAUCAUUAUCCUGAUUGCGCAGCAAUUACAAUCGCAAGCAGAUCUCGCUGCGCUGGUGCAGGUUAACCGCCGCCUCAAUCACCUCAUAAAGCACAUCUUGUAUCGAUACAACCUGAAGCAACGGAACGGGGAUGGAAUUCUCCAGGCAGCCAGGCUGGGAUCAACCCCUGCAGUAGUCCAAUUUAUCAGGGAGGGAUACCCUGUGAAAGAUCGACCAAUCCAUACCAAGAAACAUCGACCACGGCCUGUAUUUCCACGACCGGGCCCGUGCUCAUGUCGAUUAGAGCACCCUAUCCUUUGUGCUGCAGAGUAUGGACAUUCGGAGCUUGUGAAAUAUCUUCUACGCGCAGGCGCCGGACCAGACUUUGAGAACAACCUAGGCGAAACGCCUGUGCAUCUAGCAGCGAGAAACGGAUUUCUCUCGGUUAUCAAGGUCCUGCUCGAAGAAGGAUGCUCCAUACCAUUCCUCAUGGAUAAAGAUACCGAAUUCACGUUGGCUCCUAUCAAAGAGGCUGCACUGAAAGGACAUAUACUCGUGGUCGAAUAUUUAUUGUCCUAUGCUCCAACUCCCCGUGAACAUGCUUCUUCGACCCUUCCAUUUGCCGCUGUCUCCGGUGACAUAGCCUUAGUAUCUAUGCUCCUUGGUCAUGGGGCAGAUAUCAACUACAAGUAUAUUGAUCACCAUGCUCCUAGGAUAUCCCUAUACCCACACGACGCAAGAGGGUAUGUAUCGACUGCUUUAUCAGUAGCAGCCAGAUACGGGCAUCUAGAUCUGGUGACCUUUUUGCUUGCUAAUGAAUCUGCCGUCAAAAUCACAACGAGUGCAUCUAGUGUCGAGGAGACUGACUUGUACCUGGCAAUUUGGGGCGGCCACAAUAAGGUUGUCAAAGUGCUUUUGGCUCACGGUGCCGAUGUCGAAGGUGGACAUAUUAGUGCUGCUAUUACGAAUUGCAACAAGGAAUCAGUUGAGAUGCUCGUUUCCAAGCACGGAACAGAAAACUGCCCAACUGAUUUGCUAGAGCUCGCAGCAGAAGCUGGCGAGACGGAAACAUUCCAAUUCUUACUCGAUAAAGGCUUCGAAGACCAAGAAAAGUCAUUCCUAACAGCAAUCGAAUACGGCGAAGAGGAAAUUGUCGCCCUUUUGUUGUCACGAGGGGUAGAUCCUGAUUUGCCAACCAUCCGCGAGUGCGCAGUCGGCAAAGCAAUCUUCUAUCGAAAUGUCGGCAUCAUAAGAUUACUAUUGCGCCAUGGGGCUCACAUUUACCCUGAAACUUUACGAGGCGCAAAAUCUUUUGCCCCUCGUCACAUAGCAAAGUUGGCCGAACAGUUCCCUGUGCAUUCCCUCGGGAAGAAGGCAAUGUAUCCGUCUAUUUAUCAGCCCUUGAGGAAGGGGAGGGGGGGGCGAUCAUGGACCAAUAAUUGGGACUCCACCUAG